GUCGGCGUCGAGUCUCGAAGCUUCGUUUUGGCGCAAUAAGGCGACCUGAGUCCUGAACCGCCUCGAGCCGCUCUCGGCUUCGAAUCCCGACAACCUCCCUCCCCAAGCUGCUUAGCCGCCGGCUGGGCCUCAGACCUGCGUCAAGCUUCCGGCGGCAGCCCAUCGAGCACCACAAUGGCGUCCGGCGGAGCGGCCAUCUCGGCGGGGCCUACACCGCCGUCGGCGACGGCGUCGUCGGUUGAGUGGCACCAGCGGCCGCCGAACCCGAAGAACCCCGUGGUGUUCUUCGACGUGACCAUCGGGUCCAUCGCCGCCGGCCGCAUCAAGAUGGAGCUCUUCGCCGACAUCGCCCCCAAGACCGCGGAGAACUUCCGGCAGUUCUGCACUGGGGAGCAUAGAAAAAAUGCUUUGCCACAAGGUUAUAAGGGCUGCCAAUUCCAUAGAGUGAUCAAAGAUUUCAUGAUUCAGGGUGGUGACUUCUUGAAGAAUGAUGGUACUGGAUGCACAUCAAUCUACGGUACCAAAUUUGAUGAUGAAAAUUUUAUAGCAAAGCAUACAGGGCCUGGACUGCUCUCGAUGGCAAACAGUGGAAUUAACUCUAAUGGAUCUCAGUUCUUUAUAACAUGUGCAAAGUGUGACUGGCUUGACAACAAACAUGUGGUAUUUGGGAGAGUGCUUGGAGACGGUUUGCUCGUCGUGAGGAAGAUUGAAAAUGUUGCAACUGGAGCGAAUAACAAACCAAAGCUUGCCUGCGUUAUAAGUGAGUGUGGUGAAAUGUAGUUUGAUCCCUUUGUGUGGCUAAUCGUGGAUUCUUGACGCUGCUGAUGUAGACCCUGUUUGGUUGAUGGAAGUACUUAAACAGUGGAAACAUUGAUGGAAAUGUAUUGUGUCUAGGCAACCUGCAGAAUAAUAGACCAAAAAAACUAAUAUUCUUGUUUGGCUUGGGAGUU